AUGGCGGGCUCGCCGAAUGCAGAGCCGCGCACGGUCAAGCGCAAACGCUCCUUCUCUCCACCUCCUUCUGCUUCCUCGUCAACGACUGCGCGCACACCACAAACACAGCUGCCACACUUCCAUGAGCUCAACACCAAACCUCAGCGUCAUUCUCAUCAUCCCGCCUCUCGCCACAACGAUGCCGCCGAGCCGUAUUCACGAUCCAUCCACUCUCGCUCCCACUCCUCAGCCUACUCGCAGCAUCACUCUGACUCGGAACGCGAGGACCACGAACACGACACCGCCUCACACUCGCAUUCGCCACGACAGGCAAGGUCUCCUUACGCUACCAGUGAUCUUCGCGGCUCUCCUUCCACCAACGCUGCUGCUGGCAACGAUCCUAUCGCUUCACCUCGUUCUCAUUCCCUUAUAGCUCCACGUCCCUCUUCCUCAUCAUUUUCUUCCAACGCCGCUGCUUCUAGCACUUCGUCCUCACGCUACCUAGCUCAGCAGCAUCACCAUGGCCUUGCUCAACCGGCGACUUCCCAUCCUGGCUUGAACCAUCCUUCCUCUCACACCUUCUCCUCAUCUUCACGCAAUAACGACCACUACCGCCCACGUUCGCCUUUACCCAAGACAUCUUCCGCAAAAGCCGCUCAGUCUUUGACCGCAUUGGAAUCCUCUCAUCUUUCGGAUCUCAAAAGUGACCUUGCCUCCAUUACUUCUCCGCGUCAGCGUGGUUCUUCCAGCUCGACACCACAGACGCCUGCGACCUCCACGCGCAAGAUGGAAGCGCCUGCAUCCUCAAGGCGCAACGAUGCCGGCGGCGAGUCCUCCUCUACAGAAGCCUCUAUGACAUCAAUCGUCAAGAAGGAACAAUCGACAAUCUCCGAAAAGCCUCGUGGUGGACAGGCCUGUCUCGAAUGUCGUCUCGCCAAGGUCCGGUGUCUUGCCUCCGACGACGCAGACAACUGUCAACGCUGUCAGCGUUUCAACUUUGAGUGCCUCUUUGUUCAGCACAAGCGAGGAAGAAAGCCAAAGAGCAAGCUUCAAGGCCGCGAUCUCACUCUGCUCGCUGAAGCCGCCUAUGCGACCAACUCGUCGCCUGUCCCACAGAGCGACCGGCCCAGCGCUCGCAAGUCUGCCUCUGCGAGCAGUAUCGCCACUCCGGGCUCUCGCCCAAUAGCCUCCUCGCUAGCUGGCAAAGGUGGAUCGUCCAACUCCGCCGCUUCCCCUGGCGUUCGAUGGAGCUCUGCUCCCGAUAGCGCCUUUCCUGCUCCACCGCAUUCAACAGAUUACGCUGAACGCGACAACGCUCGACUUGGUAUGGACAUCGACGACGACAACGCCAGCCGUGCAGCUUCCCCUUCCUCGGCCUUUUUCUCCAGAAAGCAACCCUUGUCUGCAUUCGGCUCGCAAGCUGACAACAGAGCCGCCCUCGAUCCCCAGAACCUCUUUGGUGUCGAUGUCACUCGCAUGACCUCAGCCAUGUCUCAAGCCAUGCGUUCUUUGGAGAGGAGAAGAGGUGCUCCCUAUACCCUUGUCACCAACAAUGAGAUUGCCAAUGUUGAUGGCAACGACGAUGAUGACAGCAGCGAAGUCGGUGCCACUCCUCAACCUCCCGGUACUACCACAGCUGCCGACACCAACGCCGCCAACGAGAGCUUCGAGCUCAUCGCCGAACAGCCUCUCACCUUGCGUGUCAUGCUCAAGCCUUUUGAGGUGUCGGAUCAGCCAGAUUGCGAGACGCCCCGGAUCUUGCAAGAUGACCGCAAUCCUCUAGCCUCUCAGCCAACUCAACCACAACUCAAUGAUCCCAUCACUGAAGGCAUCCUCACCGAACCUGCUGCUCGUGCCCUUUUCGACCUCUUCAUGACGCAUUGCAAUGCCUGGAGUGGCGUCUUUGACCCAUCGCUUCAUACGCACGACUUUGUCCGCAAGCGAUCCUCUUUCCUCUACACUGUGUUGCUCUAUGUCGGCACGCGACACUCGAAACGACCUACCGCCCAUCACCUCAUCGCACGCGAGCUGCGAAACGAGCAAGUGUCCGACUCGGAAUGGAACAUUGCUUACCUUGAUCCUGUCAAUGACCGCACGCAGAAGGCUGCUGAAGACUACGCCAAUCAAGUGUGUCGCCGCAUUCACGAUAUGGCCCGAGAGCAUGCUGCCCGUGCUUUCGUCGAUGGUGACCGCACUGUGCUGUGCUGUCAAGCCUUUUUCAUUCUUGCCAGCUGGAAGCCUCUCGACGACGGUCUUAGUGUCAUCCAGGUGGGUUACGCUUUCCGCCUCGCAAUGGACAUUCAGCUUCACGCCGAGAUGCCCAACUGCGUCAAGCCCAACGAGUCGACCCUUGACCAGGCUGGUAGGCAGCGCUACGAGGCAGUACAGAGACGAUUCCGUAAUCGUCAACGAACCUUCAUGAUGUUGUUCGUGCAAGACAAGUCGCAGCAGAUCUCGAACAAGAUCACUACUCACUCAAUCUCGGCGGAUAACGUGCUGGUUCGACGCUGUCAGACCUGGUGGAAGCAUGCUGGUUCCAUCCCGACCGACGCAUUCGUGUGUGCCUCGACCGACAUCCGCCGUAUUCAGGGCAAGUACGUAGAGCUGUACGAUCGCAUUGAGGCCCUCACCUCGGCCACCUCGGAUGGGCCAAGCAUCAUGAUGCCUGCCUUCCUGUCGGAUCUCUUCGAGUGGAGCGCACGAUGGCAUGAAGCUCUGGGAUUGCGAGAAGACAUGGAUGGGAACAGCCAUUCCGACGAUCCAGCUGCCUAUGAGCGCAGGUGUCAGCGUUUGUGUCUGAAGCUGUGGAAGGACAACAUCAAGACCUACGUAUCUUCGCUGGUACUCAAGUCCAGCCUCAAGCAAGCUGCAUUGCAGGAACAUCAAGAGAUCGUUCGCAACCACCAUCGUCGAUCUACUACGAGGGAGAAGGAGGACCGUGACUCUAUCUCGGGCAAGUCGCACUUGUCGAACGGGCUCGAGCCUGGUAUGGUCAACUUGAUGGCUAUGCCUGCCUUCUGGCCUUGUGUCGAGGGCGCGCGUGGUGUGCUGGAGGCGGUAUGCGCCUUCCCACCGGAGAGACUGUUGUGUGCACCUGAUGCGACGAUCAUGCAGACAACCCAUGCUGCUGUGCUGCUUUGCAGUCUUGCUACGGUCAAGUCGCAGCCACCGCUUGGGCCGGGUUACUUGCGCUCGAACAUUCAAUUGAUUGAUCAAGUCAGCGCCGCUUUCCGCCGUGCAAGCAUUACAGAGGAAGACACGGUGCUGCACAUCGCCAUUUACCUCGAGUCACUACUGCGGCCCAAGAACGCUGCACCGAAGCACAGUGCCCAGACUGAUCCUGUCAAGUCCUCUCACGCUGUGUCAGGUGGUAGUGGCGCUUCCCGUGGAGCUGCGGCAUCUGGCGAAACGCAACGCAACAGCAACCCAGCAUCUGUAUUUGGCAACGGAUCCAUGAUGGGUGGUUUGCCCUCGGACAACGGCCAGAAUGGAGCUGCAAGCUUUAAUGGUGGGGCGAUGGGUGGUGGACUCAACAACUUUACUCAACUCGCCAACUUUACGCUCAUGUCGAACAAUACUGACAUGUUCUACUCAGGCAACAACAAUAGCAACACCAACAACAACAAUCUUGACGCUGCAGCGGAGAACGCAAGAUGGUUCAACAACGCUGGGUCGCAGAACAAUGGCCCCAGCGUUCCGCAAGACGACAACAACAACAACCUUUUCUUCAACAAUAGCGGUGCAGGCGACAGCUUCGACCGCGAAGGCUUGGACGCCAUUGCUUCUGCUGCUGCGGCGGCAGCCGCUGGUGAGAGUGGCGCUGCAGCAGGAGGUGGUGGUGGUGGACCAAUGGACAUGUCUGCUGUCAACUGGUCUUCUGCUAUGGGUGGAGGUGCUGGAGGUACGCCGGCAGUAUCGGCACCGUGGAAUAAUAUCAUGUUUGCAAGUGCAGGGGAUGGCAACCCCGCAUCUGGACUCGGUGAUGGCUAUCAACAGCAGCAGCAGCAGCAGCAGCAGCAGAACAAUAACAUGUUCGGGCAACACCAAAACUCGAGCCGGGAACAAGCUGACGAGACAUUGCGCAUGUUGUUGCGUUUCCUCGACGGUUGA